AUGAGCAAAAAGCUAAUAGUUUUUGGAGGGAAUGGCUUUCUAGUUCAAUGGAAAAAAGCAGAUGUUUUCAAACCAGAAUCCUACAAAGAUAUCCUUAAAGAUGCCAAUGCGGUAGUUCAUUCAGUCGGAAUUUUGCUUGAAAACGCUGAAUAUAAGAAAGCCAUCAAUUCAAACAACGAUCUACUGGGAGAGAUCAUGAGUUUCUUUCAAACCUCUAACCCAAUGACCAAGAACGUUUCCAAUUCUUAUGACGCAGUCAAUAGGGAAUCCGCUGUCCUAUUGGCCCAGACUCUUAUUGAAAGUAAAGGAAAAUUACCCAAAAGCAUUUCUAAGGCACCGGCAUUCGUCUAUAUAUCUGCAGAUCAGCAGCCUCCAUUUAUUCCGUCAGGAUACUUAGAGUCAAAAAGAAAAGCUGAAUUUGAACUAUAUCAACUUCAACCUGGAAUUAGACCAGUUCUCAUGAGACCCUCGUUCAUGUUCGAUGAACAUAUCUCAGGAGACGUUAGAAGCAAACUGAAAGAUUUGAUAAAACUCGGUGACCAGUUUAACCAAAAAAUACUCAACAACGCCUUAAAAGAUAUCAUAAGACCUACAGUAUCUACCAAUCAAGUUGCAAAAAGUGUCAUUGAAAAGAUCAACGACCCAGAAUACCAUGGACCAGUUUUGCUUGAAGAAAUAGUCUAA